GGAAAAACCAUCACCCAUAUAAUCCAGAGGCCUCGUCGUCCGAGCGUGCGAGCGGGGGCUGCGAGCUACCAUCCUCUCUUACGAUUGACGACCAGUAUUGGUUGCUAUCGUCGAUACACAACAAUUAGCUGUAAAUCUAUUUUUUCUACAAUACUCUCGGCUUAAUUGUUGUCCCCUUAACGUAGGUGCUGGUGGUGGCAGGGAAUUGUACUCAUAUUUUUUUCAGUGGUUUUUCGCUUGAUAGGGACUGAACUUGAGAGCGAGGAGUGAGCGAGUGAUGACGACCACUUCACUGGCCUUGGCUGGUCUUCCAAUUGUGACCCCUGACCACUCAUCUCAAUUCGUACUCCGGCGGAAUGGCACUGCUUGUCAUGGAAGAAUUGCAUUUCCCACUCGGGUUGUUGCGGGAUUGGUUCGUGCGGGACGAGGAUAUGCGUUCUCAGUGCAGGGUGAUCUAGAGUUGCAGUUGCGGAGGCGGAGCUGCAAUUUCGGCAGAGGAGGUAAAGAAUCGGUCGGUGUGAGUCAAGCUUCGGCUGCUGACGUCGUGGUGGUGAAAGACGAUAUGAAAGUUGGAGGUCGAAGCGCAGACCAUGGCGAUGAGAGAGUGCUGCAGCUGGUGGCUGAGGUGCGAGAGGCUUACAUGACCAUGCGGACGAAGCCCGCGGAAUGGCGUGUCCAGCAGCUGAAGGGACUCCUCCGAAUGGUUAUCGAAAGCGAGAGCGAAAUUGUGGAAGCUCUGUACGCUGACCUCGGCAAACCUGCGCACGAGUCGUACAUGUCUGAGAUUUCUCUGGUCAAGUCCUCUUGCAAACUUGCCAUCAAAGAGCUCAAGAAAUGGAUGGCUCCUCAAAGGGUUUCUGGGAGCAUGAUCACCUUCCCAUCCUCGGCGUCGAUUGUAGCUGAGCCGCUGGGAGUGACGCUGGUGAUUUCUGCAUGGAACUUCCCCUUUUUGUUGUCGGUAGAUCCACUGAUCGGGGCCAUCUCUGCUGGUUGCGCGGUGGUGCUUAAGCCUUCGGAAGUCGUUUACGCCACGCCGGCUCUACUGGCCAAGCUCAUCCCUCUCUACAUGGACAACUCCGUCAUUCGUGUGGUGGAAGGUGGCGUGGCUGAAACCACCUUGUUGUUGGAACAGAAAUGGGAUAAGAUUUUCUACACAGGGAAUCCAAAAGUGGGACGAAUCGUCAUGGCUGCGGCCUCCAAGCAUCUCACUCCAGUGACAUUGGAACUCGGUGGCAAGUGCCCGGUGUAUUUUGAUCGCUCGGCCAAUUUGAAGGUAGGUUUAAGGAGAAUAGCGCAAGGAAAAUGGGGCAACAACAACGGACAGGCUUGCAUUUCACCAGACUACAUCUUGGUUGACGAGAGCAUCGCGUCGGAAUUGGUUGACAAUCUGAAAGAGAUCAUCGAAACAUUCUAUGGGAAGAAUCCCAUUUCAUCGACAAAUUUGUCUCGAAUCGUGAACACCAAGCACUAUUUGCGUCUCAUCAGCUUUCUGGAAGAUCCUCAGAUAUGUUCCAAGAUUGUUCAUGGUGGAGAGAGAGACGAGAAAAAACUGUACAUUGCUCCAACUCUUGUAUGCGACGCCCUUAUGGAUUCAUUCCUGAUGUCGGAGGAGAUUUUUGGACCAAUUCUGCCAAUCAUCAAGGUGCAGGGAGAACAAGAGGCCAUAGACAUCAUAAAUGCCCGGCCGAAGCCGUUAGCGGCGUAUGUGUUUACCACUAACAAGGCAGUUGAGGAGCGGAUGGUGAAGAAUGUUUCUUCUGGUGGCAUGGUUGUCAAUGAUACCGUCAUGCACUUCGUUAACCCUGGUCUGCCAUUCGGAGGCGUUGGCGAGAGUGGAAUGGGUUCAUAUCACGGAAAGUUUUCCUUCGACGCUUUCAGUCACAAAAAAGCAGUGCUGUAUAGAACCAGUCUAGGGGACUUCCCUGCGCGGUACCCACCUUUCACGACGAAGAAGCAAAACUUCCUCAGAUGCGUGUUAGACGGGGAUUAUAUCGGCGCCAUUCUGUCAUUGACAGGGUUGAAAAAGUGACCUUCCUUAAUGUAGUAUUAUUCUCCUUUUAGGAGAUCUUUCAUUCUUUAUAUUGAAAAUUCUCGAUCAUUGCUUUUGCGGCCUCUCA